AUGAGGUGGAAUAACAACACCUCAGGAUUUGUCCUUAGGAGGAUGUCCAAGAUAGUCUCUGAUGGCAGUAGGACUGAGAAGUGCUUCAAGGAUAAGGAUGCCAACUUUGUGGCUAAGGCACUUAGGGAGUACAAUGGUGAAGCUGUCAGCUCCACUCAAGUGUACAAUCACUUGAGGAAGUGGAGGCAGAAGUGUGCUAGGGUGUGCAAGUUGAAGGACCUUAGUGGUGCACUGUUUGAUCAUGAUGUCAAUGCCAUAAUGCUAGAACCUGAGCACUACCUAGGCCAUUGCAAGGACCACCCUAAGGAUGUUGAAUUCCUCAACACCCCUAUCAGGUUCUACACUGAGAUGGAGACCAUAUUUGGUAGUUCUAUGGCCACUGGUAGGUUUGCCCUAGGUUCCAGUGAGCCACUUGGGGUGAACCAUGCUGACAGUGUUGCUAUUAAGAUAGAGGGCCAUGACUUCACCAGUACUGCUGAUGUCAAAACUAGCACUGAGAUGGUAACUAACCUCCUCACUUCCACUAUUGGGGCAAAGAGAAAGAGGGCAAACUUUAGUGAGGAUGAGAUGCUCAUGAUGACUAACAUGACAGAUGUUGUCAACAAUGUGACCAAUGCGCUUAGAGAGACUGGGCCUGCACAUGUGGAUCCUACCCUCUAUCUUGCAGUCAUGGAGAUGCAGGGCUUUACUAAUGAAGCUCUCAUUGUUGCCUACACCUACCUGCUAGAAAAUAAGGCCCUUGGCAGGGGCUUUGUCAACAUGGUAGAUAGCCAUAGGGACAUUUGGCUGAGGAACUAUCUAGCCAAGAACUACUAUAUGUAG